AUGGGUAUCUCACGCGAUUCUCGUCACAAGCGCUCCGCCUCCGGUGCCAAGCGUGCCUACUACAGGAAGAAGCGCGCUUUCGAGCUUGGCCGCCAGCCAGCGCAGACCCGUAUCGGCGCCAAGCGCAUCCACACCGUCCGCACCCGCGGCGGCAACCACAAGUACCGUGCCCUGCGUCUCGACUCUGGCAACUUCGCCUGGGCCUCUGAGGGCACCACCCGCAAGACCCGUGUCAUCGCCGUCGCCUAUCACCCGUCCAACAACGAGCUGGUCCGCACCAACACCCUGACCAAGUCCGCCGUCGUCCAAAUCGACGCCGCCCCCUUCCGUCAGUGGUACGAGGCCCACUACGGCCAGCCCCUCGGCCGUAGGCGCCAGGCCAAGCAGGGCAAGGAGGAGGAGCCCGUCAAGAAGAGCAAGUCCGUCGAGAAGAAGCAGGCCGCCCGCCUCGCCGCCCACGGCAAGGUCGAGCCCGCCAUCGAGAAGCAGUUCGAGGCCGGUCGUCUGUACGCCGUCAUCUCCUCCCGUCCCGGCCAGUCUGGCCGCUCCGACGGUUACAUCCUCGAGGGUGAGGAGCUUGCCUUCUACCAGCGCAAGCUCCACAAGUAG